AUGUUCAAGAAAAUUAAUCCUCUAUAUGCUAAACACCCGCAAUUUUGGAAUUCAACCGUCUUCCGCCCGCUUUCUCGUUUCAACACCAACUCUGCAGGCUAUGGACUGAAGGCACCAUACAAAAGCAGGAGCUACGCCACCUCAGCAGAUUUCCCACAUCAGAACUACUCAUGGCCUAGCUCUUCAUCUUUUACCCCGUAUGACGUCUUGAAUCUACCCCGUGGCGCAACGUACACGAAAAGACAUUACUAUGACCUCGUUAAGAUCUAUCACCCCGACCGGGAUCUCAAAGGCCAUCCUCUUUUCAAUCACUUGACUGCUGAGACUCGACUGAAGCGCUACCGAAUUGUGGUUGAUGCACAUAAUCUUCUUUCCGAUCCAGUCAAACGGGCAGCCUAUGAUCGAAAUGGCACUGGCUGGACCCACACGGUAUUGGAAACAACAAUAGAACGCAACUCAUAUGGACCGAAUAUCUACUCAAAUGCGACAUGGGAGGAUUGGGAAGACUGGCAUAACCGCCAUCAAGGGCCUCAGCAGCAUGUUGUCGAUCAGCGCACUUUCUCUCGGCUUGUAAUCCUGUUGGUGCUGUUUGCGGGAGCCCUUCAAGCAUCCUGGAUCGGACAGGUGAAUACUGGAUUCAAUGAGCGGUUACGUGGGGUCAACGAAGAGUCAGCCCGUGUCCUACAGGGCCGCAAAGACAACACUGUCAAACAGAUGGAUUCAAAUGAUGCCCGGGUGCAGGGCUUCCUCAUUCGGAGAGACCCCACCGGGUCGGGUUUGAAGGGCAAUGAACAACCGGUUUAUCAAAGGGAGUUGAAUCCUCUUCGGGAUUUGGAUGAGUCCUCCGAGGUUGGCAAAAAUAGCCGAGGGCCUGCACGGCGAGUGGACCAGUCGGAACCUUCAGAACUCUCCUAG